GGCCAACUUCAUACCUUUGGAGAAGCUCAUCGCAACAAGCUUCAAUAAACUUUGUGCUGAUUUCAGGCAUAUUGUUCGGGUAUGCGCUGUGUAGCCAUAGCCUUAGAUACCGAUGAAGGCCCAGCUUUGCUCCCGCGACAUCGAUAUUGAGACCGAUCAGCAACUUAUUAACUUAUGAACGCAUUCCUUUGACGAUCGCAAGCCGAGCACCCCAGUGGCCUAAAUCACCAAUUUACUCUCACACAUAGAAACUACAACCAUCGCCAGACAAAUAUGACGACACCGCCGUCCCUAUUUCACGCGCUUCUCCGGCCCUCCGUACUCCAGAUCUUACGCUCAACAGGAUAUCAUUCCACGCGCCCCGCGGUCCUCGACUCUCUGACAGAUCUAGCCGCCCGAUACCUGUCACUUCUCUGCCAAACCACUGCCCAGCAUGCGAUGCAUAAUCAAGGCGACAGCGCCGACUUCACAAUCGCUGAUAUACGGAUGGCGCUUCAGGACGCGGGUGCGCUGAUGCCAGAACGCGUACCUGCCGAAGAGAUGUGGCGCGGCGAAGAGGACUUGCGCGGAGUUGAAGAGUUUAUAGCGUGGUUCGCGGGGCAGCGCAUGAAGGAGAUGAUGGAGGUCGGCAGUGGGGACGGUGAGACGGAUGCUACAGAUUAUCUCAAUGCUUUGAAAAAGAAACAUAGUAAAACCGGCGAAGACGCUAAGUACCACGGUACCAUACUCGGUCGUGGCCACGACACAGGCGAGAUCCAAGUCGAAGGAGGGUCAGAGACCACCAUCGCCGAAUGGAUCUCUAACCGUGCCUCGCCCCAGAGCAGCCCAACGCCAGGCGAAGAGCAGCAGCCCGACGAAUAUCAGCCUCCGCAGCAGCAAGCACCUCAACAAAACGGUCAUGCUAGCGACGAUGAUUCAGGACUAAGUUCAGUCGGUGAUCGUAUAGAUCAGGAUACGAUGGACUUGUCAUAGUGAAAGACAGCGGCCGGGCAAAGCGACAGGCAGGUCAUGGAAGCGGUGGUUAGAGUGAUUGGUUCUUGGUUAAUUGCAUAGCGACGGAGUUCUUUAGGGAGGAGGGCGACUGAGCUAAAGGGAAUAAAAGAAACUCGUUGGUCUCAGGGGGCUCUUUCUAGCCAGGGUUUCUUGCUGCUUUAUUUGGGCUGAUUAAAUACCAAGUAGACGUGCACAUGCAGAGCACUUAUACGAGCGAUUUUAGAAUUGCAACCCAUGAUUUCUUCUUUUGCCAAG